AUGCCAUAAACAAGAAGAAGUUGAGCCAUACGUUUUCAGUUUACAGGAUGGAAUUCAAUAAGCCCAAAUUGGAGGCUCUUCUUAGGCUCACUGCAAUAUUCCUCUUGGUUUUGACAGCUUUUAUAGUUGCCUUAGAUACUCAGACAAAGCUCAUCUUCUUCCUUAAGAAAAAGGCUUCCUUCACUGACCUGAAGAGUUUCGUAGGUUUGGUUUAUGUCAUCUCAAUCACCGCAGCAUACAACCUUCUACAACUUUGCAGGUAUUCAUUCCAAGCUUGGUUUGAAGGAAUCUCCAAGAAAUCUUACAGAUAUCUAGCUUGGUUAUGUUACUUCUUGGACCAGGGGGAAAUCAACAAUUUCUCUUGUUCCAUAGGUAACAGCGUACGUUGUGUUUGCUACAACCUCAGCGGCGUUGGCGCAAGCUCUUCCGGCCGUAACAGGGGAAAAAAGCCUACAGUGGAUGAAAUUAUGCAACAAAUUCACCAGAUUCUGUUACCAAAUAGGUGGGGCUCUAGGCUGCGCCUACAUAGCAUCGCUCAUGCUGGUUAUGGUCGCUUCCAUCUCUGCCUUCAACUUGUUUAGGCUAUACUCUCCAAAACAUUUCAUGCUUCAGAAGGAUCAUGAGAAAGUGAUAGGUUCCUCAAUUUAGGCCCAUCAUGUUUCCCCUCAACAAAUUACUCUGUGUAUGUUUUAUGCAAAAUACGUAGGUGAAUUUUGUUAGCGUGCAAAGACUAUGGGUUGAAUCUAAACCUGUAAGGUAUAUGUAAUUCUACUUGCAGGAUCAAGUGGCAAAUAGUAUAAAAUAUUGAAUUGUGU